AGGAGCAGAGAUGGUGAUUCAGGUGAAAGUCAGCACACCCAGAGGACAGGACAUCCUCAUCGACGUGUGUCCGAGUGCAGAUCGGCUCAAACAUGUCACGGUCAAACAGCUGCGGGAAAUGAUCGCCCGCCGCCUUGCCAUUGGAGGAGACGUCCGCAUGGUUUUCCAGGGAAAGCCUCUGGACGACUGCUACACCCUCAGACACUACAACAUCGGCCACAUGUCCAAGAUCCAGACGUUGCUCACGCUGCCUGGAGGGGCCUGUACCUGCGGGGCCUGUACCUGCGGGGCCUGUACCUGCGGGGCCUGUACCUGCGGGGCCUGUACCUGCGGGGCCUGUACCUGCGGGGCCUGUACCUGCGGGGCCUGUACCUGCGGGGCCUAAGCCUGGUCCUAGCCAAGGUUCCUCUGACCCCUCAGGAGAGGAGCCCGGAGGAUGUG